AUCGUACAUAGCUCUGCAGCCUUGACAUCAAACCGGCGGGAACGCCAAAACAAAGUGAUCCGAACACUGCAUAUGUACCCAAUCCCGCAGCACGCCUACUGCAUAACGGAUUGACAGUCAAUCUCAUCCGGAUCUCUUUCCUUGGCCAACAUGGCGCCCGCAGCAAGGGUAUGCCUCCACCCGCUGCGCACAGCAGCAACCUCAUCUCGCGCGGCCGUGGCGGCACGCGGUAGACGGGCGACAGGAUUUCGCACAAUACGCAUCAACCCCGCACAGCCCGCCAAGGUGGUGCCCGUGUACGGCACCGGUCCACCCCCCGAGCCGCCACAGCCGACCGCCGAGUAUGCCCCCGACGCCGAGAGGAUAGCGCGGCGGAAGCGGCAGGCCGAGAUGUUGCGGCUCGCAGGCGAUUUUCGGGCCGGGAGUACUAAAGGGGGGAAGACCUCUGGCCUGAAGAAGCGAUUUUGGAAGGAUGUAAACGUGCGAGAAGUCAACGGCGCCCUAGAAAUCCACCUCGACACCCGUCCCCUCCGGCACCCAACCACCAAAGCCAUCAUGCGGCUCCCGAUCUCCAAACCUCUCCUCGCGCACGCGCUCGCUGUAGAAUGGGACCAGCUGGUCUCCGCGGCACAGGCAACGAAGCAGCACCUGAUCCCACUGACCUCGCUGGUCUGCCGGGCGCUGGACAUCUCCUCUGAGGAGGGGGUCACCCCCUCUUCCCCAUCCACCACCACCACCACCACCCCCGCGUCCUCCACCAUCCGCAACUCGAUAAUCUCCACCCUCCUCCGCUUCCUCGACACAGACUCCCUCCUCUGCUGGAACCCCCCUCCCUCAAACCCCGACCCCUCAACCCACAACGACGAAACCUCCCUUCGCACCCUACAAGAAACCACCGCGGCGCGCAUCACCUCCUACCUGACCACCCACGUAUGGCCAGGCGUGACGUUUCACCCGGCGCUCGACGAUCAGAACUCCAUCCUGCCCCGGCCUCAAACCCCCGACACGCACCGCGUGAUACAGGGCUGGAUGCUCUCGCUGACGCCCUUUGAGCUGGCGGGGCUCGAGCGGGCCACACUGGCGGGGAAAUCGCUCCUCGCCGCCGCCAGGCUGGUCGCGGAAUGGAGCGAGGACCACCGGCGGCUGCCGCUUCCCACCGUUGAACAACAACAGCAGCAGCAGCAGCAGCAGCAGCAGCAACAACAAACAGAAAAGUUUGGAGUUGAGGAGGCGGCCCGCGCCGUAUCGCUCGAGGUGGACUGGCAGACGGGGCGGUGGGGCGAGGUGGAGGACACGCACGACGUGGAAAAAGAGGAUCUGAGGCGCCAGCUGGGGAGCGCCGUGCUGUUGGUGUGCGGGACUGGCAGGUGAAGUUCACCAGUGAAGGGGAAAGUGGCACGGAGGGGAGCCGAGACCGGACGGAGGGAGAUUGAGCAUGGGACAUGUAGGAUACAGCUGUUAUAUAUAUUCAAAUGUGGAAAGUGGAUUGUAUCAUGGCAUGAUCGGCGAACGCAGUGAGUUGCUUCUUCGAGCAGCUACAACAUUCAAUGAAGAGUGUACAUAUACCGAGAAUUGUACAAUACCUCUCACAAUGUAAAAUGCA